AUUCUUCACUGCAAGACAGAUUUUUCAAUUCAUUCAUCUUCUAAUUCAACAAACAACAAUGGUGAAAUUAGCAUCAGCAAGAGAGAUCAGAAUGUACGGUCCAAGAUUGAACCGUAACCGAUUCGAGUACAUCAACGCUGGUGUAUACAUGUUUGCUGCAAUUUUGCUCGUUGGUGGGUUCGCAGCUCAGUUCUCGAAAGAGCAAUUGUCCGGUUUGGUUUUGUUGUUUAUAGGAUUGGCGGUGAUUAUGGUAGUGAAUGUGCAUGAUUUGCUUGCUCACCUUGCUGGCAUUGAUUAUAGAUUUUUGUUGCUUGGAUUUGACCCACAACUUGCUCUGGUUGAAUUUGCUGUCCCUGUGGUUCACUCUCUUGGAACUCUUCUUUACUUCCUGGGCAUUCUUUUUCUCUUCACUCAGGCAGAAAAGGGGCAUGACAAUUUCAAAGUGGAGAAGCAAGCUGUGAAUCUGCUUAUUGCUGGCCCUGCACUAUGGCUGAUUGGUUCAAUCCAUAACUCAUGUCAGAUUUAUGAAAGAGCGGAUGGGCACGUACAAAUCUUGCAACAAAGCGUUAACAUUCCCUUCUUGUUGGGCAGUUUACUGUUUCUGGUAGGAGCAAUCCUCAAUUGGCAAAAGCAGUCAGGAUAUGUCCACCAUGGCUUGAAAUUGUUAAGUGACGACUGGAAAUGGUUCGGAGUAUUUGGGAGUUUAUUGCUAUUAAUUGGGGGACUAAUGAACGUGGUAAAAGUAUUCAAGAUGCAACAAAUGAGUGGAUUGAGGCUAGAAAAGCUACGAGGCGGAGCACAGGACCGACUGAUGCAAGAAAGAGAGGGGCAAAUGCCACUGAUAAUAGAAGAGCAAAGGCGAAGGAGAAACUUGCCAGAGGAGGGAACAACAUCAACUACUGUUGCCCCAACUCCUUACAAAGAUGUUCUUGUUGGUCAGGCUUGAGAGUGAACAAUAACAAACCAUACAUAGAGUUUGCAUUUAGCUUCUUCUUGCAGCCUCACCAAUAUAUGAAACCUUGAUUACUGGCAAAACUGCUGAGGGAUUGUUUGAUCACGAUAGUAUAUACUUGAAUUUGAUGUUGAUCGAUAUGUGGAUCAUGAUCGGUAAGUAUUUGAUUCAGACUGUAGUAUGGGGUCAUUCGCACAAAUGACACUAUUUUGGGUGGUCUUUAA